AUGCCCACAGUCUCGGUCGACAAGCUCGAUCUCUUUGAGCGUCUUGGACGGUCUUAUACCACCGAAGAGUUUGAUCACCUCUGCUUUGAAUUUGGAAUCGAGCUGGAUGAAGACACUACAGAAGAAGUAGAAGCAGCGGCAAAGCGAGGAGAGCCAGCGGAGAGAGCGCACCUAAAGAUUGAGAUACCAGCAAACAGAUCUGAUCUUCUUUGCAUCGAGGGAAUCGCUCGUGCCCUCCGUGUUUUCCUCCAACUAGAGACAUGUCCCCAAGUCAAAUGUGUGCUACCUCCUGGCGGUGAAAAGGAUCUCCUCACCUGCCAUAUCGCUCCCGAGACGGCUCAAGUUCGAGGGUUUACUGCUGCUGCUAUCUUGCGCAAUGUUCAGUUCACCCAACGGAGCUACGACUCUUUCAUCGAACUUCAAGACAAGCUCCAUCAAAACAUUUGCCGAAAGCGCCAACUCGUAUCAAUAGGUACACACGAUUUGGAUACUCUUAAACCUCCUUUCCGAUACGAGGCAAAGGCUCCGACGGAUAUCAAGUUUUGUCCUCUGAACAAACAAAAGGAGUACACAGCCAAGGAGUUGAUGACUGUCUAUGAAUCCGAGAAACAUCUCGCAAGAUACCUUCACAUCAUCAGAGACUCGCCCGUCUACCCAAUCUGGUACGACCAAAACGACCAGGUGCUAUCGCUUCCACCCAUCAUCAACUCGGAGCACUCUAAGAUUACCUUGAAUACCCGCAAUGUCUUCAUCGAGCUGACCGCUCUUGAUGAGACCAAGCUUGCGAUCGUCUUGAACAUUAUUUGCGUCAUGUUCUCAGAGUACUGCGAAGUUCCGUUCACCGUCGAGCCAGUCCGUCUGGUGUGGCCAAAUGGCAAGGAGACCAUUACCCCAGACUUGUCGAGCCGCGCGACGACAGCCUCGGCAGAGUACAUCAACUCAUGCACCGGACUCUCUCUUUCGGCAGCUGAAAUCGCCGAGUUGCUCAAACGGAUGACGCUCGAGGCGCAACCUUCCCCGACGAACCCCGAUCAGAUAUUGGUGCAAGUGCCCGCAUGGAGACCAGAUAUUCUUCAUGAAUGUGACAUCAUGGAAGAUGCCGCGAUUGCCUAUGGUUUCAACAAUCUCACCAAAACGUUCCCAACGACAAACACCGUGGCACAGCAGCUCCCAGUGAGCAAGCUGUGCGAUGUAGUGAGAAGAGAAUGGGCAUAUGCCGGUUGGGUUGAAGUCCUCCCUCUCAUCUUGUGUUCUCAUGACGAAAACUUUGCAUGGAUGAAUCGGAAGGAUGAUUCUACUCAGGUCGUCAAGCUCGCCAAUCCCAAAUCCCUCGAGUACCAAGUCGUCCGCACGUCGCUUCUCCCGGGUCUACUCAAGACGAUUCGGGAAAACAAGGCGCAUCCACUCCCGAUCAAAGUGUUUGAAACCUCGGAUAUUGUGAUCAAGGAUCCGACGGCCGAGCGCCAGACGCGCAAUAUCCGCCAUGCCGCCGCUAUUUGGUGUAACAAAACGGCUGGAUUUGAAGUUGUGCAUGGCUUGCUUGACAGGAUCAUGGCGAUGCUUGAAGUGCCCAGAAUCGCCGACGACGCAAAGGGUUCCGCAACGCAUGGAUAUUAUCUAAAGGAGAUUGAAGAUCCCACUUUCUUCCCGGGCCGUGUGGCGUCUAUCCUAUACCGCUCCGGUCAGCCAGGAGAGGAAAUAACGCUUGGCGUGCUCGGAAUUCUCCAUCCGACGGUGCUUGCAAGCUUUGAGAUUCCAUACCCUUGCUCGGCGCUCGAAUUCAACCUGGAGCCCUUCCUCAAGUCAGGCAAGGAACCAUGGGAGUAG